UUUUCUACCGCAACCCACGCCUCUCUUUCUAAAUAAUUAUGUCUGUACCAGGCGACGGACCUCGCGAUGGACAAAGUAGGGGUCAUCACUCAGCUCCAGUAAUAGGAGAGUCACUCUACUUGUGGGCUGGGACCCAGCUUGCUUAUGAUUCAAACGUGGUUGAGACAUUUUCCCUUUCAUCAGGCCUCUGCUCCUCUCACCUAGCAAGAGGUAUUCCACCGUUAGGAGUUGCUGGCUACUCCUGUACCACCUUUCGUUCUAACAUUUAUUACUAUGCUGGCUGGCGUAAUUAUGAUGAUAGUUACUACAACAGUUUAAAUGCACUAAAUACACUAACCAUGAGCUGGACUCAAUUGCAUCCCGAUGAUGAGUCCAUGAUGAAGAAAGCCUACGGUGGAAUGUUAUCACUGGAAUUUGAUGGAAUUGACUACCUUUUUAUGGUUGGAGGGUAUGGUCCUACACCAGCUGUCAAACAUCCUCAGUUUCAAUAUGAGCAGAUUGAGGACCACCUUGUUCGUACUAAUGAACAAUUACUUUAUAAUCUAUCUAAUAGACAAUUUAUUGUUCCAUCUGUUAGUGGACAGUGUUGUCCUCCAACUAGUAAUAUUGCAAUUAACAAAACAAAUCAAAACAAAGGGGUGAUGUUUGGGGGACAAGUAGCUUAUGGUGAUUCUACAAAUACUAUGUACAUAUUUAAUGUCACACAUAAUACAAUUCAUUGGGAAAGUGUUAAAAAAGGAUCAAUGUCUGGCAAGGGACUCUUACCUAAGGGGAGAUACGAUCAUGCUAGUGCUAUUAUUACUGGUGACUCUACCUCACCUGCACUAGUAGUGAUUGGUGGUCUGGUUAAUAACAGUCAACUAGUGAAUGAUUGUUUAUUAUUUGAUAAUAUCACCACUGGUCAGUAUAGUUGUAAGAAGGUUCCUCUACCUGAAUCUGUUACUGGCAGAUACAGCCACUCACUCACAGCAGUUACAAUGUCACCAAACUGUGUGUGGCUAGUAAUUGUUGGAGGGUUUGAAGAGAUUAAAGUGCUAGAUGUUAGAGGAGGUAUUAAGAGUUUACUGCUUACAUUGAUCAAUGAUAUUAAUAGACAAAUGAUGAUAAUUGAAUUAGUGCAAUAUAUUGAAGCUGGUGAGUGGAUAGUACAGUCAGUACUGGAUGGUAAUGAUCUCACUAGUAAAAAAUAUCAAGAAAAGUAUUCAUCAUACAACAAGACCAGAACAUGGUGGAUAGAUCAGCUAAUGGAAUAUCCCACAGCGAAGGAAAUGAAGCUUCAAAGAUACAUCCAAUCUUUACAUCAAGAACUACAAGUGGCUCAUCAGAAUAAAGUAUCACUACAGGAGGCACUGAUUGAGGCCAAUAAGCAAGGUAAAGGAGAUGACACUAAAUUAGUUUUGAGUGAGAAAUUUGAAGAAAUGUUAAAAGCAUUACAAGAAGAGAAACAGAUUAUUACUGAAGAUAAUGAGAAACUUAGAGCUACAGUUGCUGAUAAUGAAGUUUAUAUAACUCAAAUGGAAGAAGAGAAGAAACAUGUAGAGGAACAGUAUCUCAAGGAGAAACAAAUCACUGAAGAACUUAAAGCUAAAGUUGCUGAUAAUGAAUUAUAUACUUCCAAACUAUUGAAGGAGAGGGAGCAACUACAGGAGAGAGUUACAUCCUUAGAGAAAAAAUCCAUCAAAGAGACUACAUGUAGUUCCAAAGAAAUACAAUUUAACUACCUGAUCCCUUCAAUGGAUAAUUUGGAAUGUCUGAGUGAUGUCCAGGUACACUGCAUUGAUUUGACAGGACGACCAGCUCUUAGUCAUCAUCUAAAAUUUGCUAUAGCUCCAGUCAACACACCCAGUCUUCCUUACCAGUUCUCAAUACUUGAAGGAGGAGAGUUUAGCUCUAAUGGUGGGUAUGGAUUUAUCAAGCGUGAAGAUUUCUGUUUAGUGUGCAUACUGGGAUUGCUAAUAGUAUCUAUGGCUGGAGGAGGAGGAGGAGGCCAGCAGCAACAAGGAGGAGAAGUUGUACCAGCUCAACAGCAACAAGGAGGAGAUGCACUGACAGUACUAACCCAGCAACAGCAACAACAAAUCCAGGAACAACAAGGGGAACAGUCACAAGAAGUACAACAAGAGGAAGGAGAGCUACAAGAAGAAGGAGGAAACCAACAAGGAGAAGAACAAAGAGUGAGGCAGUCACAAAAACAAUCAGAAUUACCAGAACAACAACAACAGCAAGAAGGAGGGCAACCUAAAGAGAAAGGAGGAGGAGAUUAUCAGGAAGGAGACAGAGGACAAGAGGAAGGACAUAAGGAUGAUCCUGUGCAUAUAGAAACAGCUACUGAUGCUGUGCUUUGUACUGAGUCUAGUUCUAAAUAUGCCAAUAGUUUAGUUACUAAUGUACAGAAGAAUAUGAAAUAUGCUGGACUGAUUUACUAUGAGGAAAAAGGUGUAGAAGAUCUAGUUACAUUUACUGCAGCUAAGAAAUUGGAUGCACUCAUUCAAUAUAUUGAGCGGAAGCAUUCUCAAGCUGAAAUUGGACCAGAUAUUUUCUUUCAAAUUAAGUUUUCCUAUGAUUAUAUUGAAUUAAACCUUACUGCACAGCAGGAUGAACCAUUCACAGGCUGGACUGUUAAAGCUCACACUAAACCUAGCAGAUUGUAUCAAGAGGCCAUUGAUAAUUUUGGCGAUAAAGAAUAUUCUCGUCCUUCUUGUUGUCUGAUAUCAGUGUACGGUUCACCUAUUGCUGUUCCUACACUACACUACUCCAUACCACUGGAAGGUGUGGCUGAUCCUGUUUCAUUGAUUGUUCAUAGAGCACGGAGAAAACUUCCUCCUUCAACAGUACAUGAAUCAAUGUCAGUACCAUCCACUGGUAGAAUUAGUUCAUCAUCUACUUAUUUUGAUGUCAAUAAAGUAAAGAAAGUGAUUGAUAAAGUUCUUGUGUCUCACCACGCUCGCCUUAAUUGCCUGACGACAUCUCUGUCAGAUCUUGCUAAUCAGUUAUAUGAAGUUGGUCUUAUUAGUGAUGAAGUCAGAGAGACUCGUAGCAUGGACAAGUUCAUUGCAGAAUUCAAGGCUAGUUUUCACUUUAUGGAUAAAAUGUCUGAUGUUCAAGACCAUUGCAAGAAGUUUUUGAACUCAUUUAUUGCUGUUAGAGGCAGUUAUAUUAAUGCUGCCAAUUUUUUGCGUCAGAAAUGGAUUGAAGCUAUGAAAAUUGAGCUUGGAAUUGAUUUUAUUAUUGAUAUUAGUGCAUAG